AUGUACCGUUUAAGUCAAUACGAUGAUUCAGAAGAUGAUUUCAGAAGCGGAUGCGAUUGUACAUCGACAACAAGAACGACACGAUGUUGUUGUCAAGGGAAAGAGCUUUUCGAGAUACCCAAAAAUCUCAGCACACGAUUGAAUAUCUUAUACAUUUACAACGCUUCAAUUACAACUCUUGAUAUAAGUUCUUUUGAAAAAUAUCGAUACUUGGAAGAGCUAGAUGUUUCCGGUUUGUUGAAACUCGAGAUUUUCAACGCUUCGCUUUUUGGUUUGGUGAAUUUGAGGAAAAUAGCAAUCAGUGAUUGUCCGCUUUUGAAAGAAAUUCGAGGGAAACUGAUUCGAGAGAAUUUCCGAAUGCAAUCACUAAUCGUCACUCGAACUGGUUUGCAAAUUAUGCCCGCCAUUGAGAUGACGUCCCGAAAUCGAAUGGAGGUAGAAAUCGAUCUCUCGUACAAUCACAUUCAAUACAUCGGCAACGAACGCGUCAAAGAGCUCAAGGCUCGAUCUUUCAAAUUGGAUCACAAUGAUAUUUUUCAUAUUGACAGCAGCGCUUUCUACAACAGUACAAUCCUUUCACUAAAUGUUUCUAAUAACCCCAAGUUGAACAGCCUAUCGAGUGACGCUUUUCGCGAUAUUGUUCAGCUAGAUAAGUUAGACCUCUCGCAUACCUCAAUCGAAACUCUCCCAAUAAAUGGCCUCAAAAACAUCAAAACGCUUGCCCUCCGCAAUGUGCCGAAUCUCAAAAAGUUGCCCUCCGUUUUCUCGUUUUCUCAACUUCAGAAAGCUUUCUUCACUUAUCCACAUCACUGUUGUCUAUUUAAGCAUCUCGACUUCGAGGGAAACUCUCAGCAAGCCGGUGAAAUCAAGCGACGAAUGUGCAUGGAUAAAGAAAAGAAAAAGCUACAAAAACGAAGCGUUGUUGGAGCAAAGAUAAAGCUCGGGACAUCGACACGUUCUCCAAAAGCUUCAACAGAACGUGAUUUGCUUAGGGAAAAGAUGUGGUUCGAUUUCCUGGAUCCAUUCGGAAACGAGGUAGAAACCGAGGAGCUGCUAGAUAGCGAUUUGCCACCAUUCGAUCCCGAAGAGUUGGGCUUCGAGAAGUGUUUGGAGGAGACAUCGAUGGAGAUUGUACGAGAUUUCUACUACAAUAUUACGUGUACUCCGGAGCCGGAUGCGCUGAAUCCAUGCGAAAAUAUUGUUGGAUAUUCACUAUUGAGACGAGCGAUUUGGGUGGUUUGGAUCGCAGCCAUUUUGGGAAAUGCCCUCGUUUGGAUAGUUUUGGCGAUGGCGUACGAGCGGCGAAUGAGAGUCCACUACUUGUUCAUGUUCAAUCUCAGUGUUGGCGAUUUGAUCACUGGUGUCUACUUGGCAUUUUUGGCAAUCGAGGACACAAGAACGGCUGAUGAGUACUAUCGUUAUGCGGUCGAUUGGCAAACUGGUUGGGGCUGUUCGGUGGCCGGUUUCUUGGCGGUUUUCGCUUCACAGCUCUCGAUUAUCUCGAUGUUUUUCAUCGCUUUUGAAAUGGCCUACAAUACCAGAAAAGCGAUUUAUGGCCGCCGCUUGGGAAUCGGUGUUGGGAUGUCGAUGAUGAUCGGUGGAUAUUUUUUUGCCGCUUUCAUGGCUAUCCUUCCGCUUUUCGGAAUAUCCAGCUAUUCAACUUCAAGUAUUUGUCUUCCAUUGAGAGUCGAAACACUUUGGGAUAAAUUAUAUAUCAUGUUUGGUCUUGGCUUUAAUAUCACGGCUUUCACAGGAAUGGUCAUCUCCUAUAUUUUCAUCUUUUGGAUGCUCAGAUUAGAGGAUCCAAAUACCCCAAAUCGACCCGAAGACAAAGCGGUGAUCAAGAAAAUGGCACUAUUGAUAAUAACUGAUAUGAUCUGCUGGUUUCCAACGUUAUUCUUUGGUCUCACGGCAGCGCUCGGAUUCCCAAUGAUUUCCAUCUCGAAUGCAAAAAUUUUCCUCGUUUUCUUCUUCCCGAUCAACUCAUUUAUGAACCCUUUUCUUUACGUAUUCUUCACAAAAGUGAUUCAACGCCACUUCCGGAAUAAGGCCAUCCCUGCCAUCAAGAAGUUCGGCAGUGUCGCGAGGUUAUCUACAAUUACGCACUUCUACUCGCAAAAUCCGCCAAGCGAUCGAAGAAAAACUCAUGGCGAAGAAGCUCUCAACACCACUCUCGACAACAAACUCUUGGGUGUAACUCAAACAACAGACGCUCUAACUCCAUGCCGAACUCCGCGUGGAUCAACCGGUGAUUGUAGUGCUUUCGAUUUCCCUGAAAACGGUCGAAGGACUCCUCGGGUUUCUUUCCAAGAAGAGAUCGAACUGUUAGAUAUGUCACAAAGCGCAAGUACCUCAAGGCCGCUUUCACCGCCUUCAACACCACCAACGACAAGAAGAUCGGUUUUCGCGAGAUUUCAAAGUAUGCUACGAAAUGUCAGCGCUAUUCCAGAGGUAUCUGAACAUUCGGGAAGUGAGGGAACGAAUUGUGUAAACUAUAACGAGGCACCGCCAAGAGAUUUCCGAUCAAAGCCAUCCUCAUUUUUCCGUCGACCGUUCAUGAAUCGUCGUCGUGAGGGGAGCACAAGGAGUGGAGAGCAGGACAGCGGCAGAGGAAGUUGGGCAUCGAUAUCCACGAAUGGUCUUCCGAAUCAAGAGCGCCUCUCGCUCUCAACAAAUCAUGAUGCAGAAAGUGAUGAAGAAAGACGCGAGCAAAUCCCACUAAAAAGGCUAAGACAUCGAACGAGUGAACCGAUGGUGAUGGUUCACCGAUCAGCCGAUACAGAAGACGUUGGAGCAGAAGCAGAAGCAGAAGCACAGUCCCAGAAAAAAGCCUUCAAAACAACGAGCUCGAACGAAAAACGAUCAAGAGAAAAUCGACGACAGAGUGUUCCGGCAAUGAUCCCUUUGUUGAUUGUUAGUGAAUGCUCGGAGAAUAGUAACAGUAGU